AUGGAAAUCAACAUCACAGAAGAAUAUUCUCAUCGUCAUUCGGCGGCGACCUUCAUCACAACUCGGGACAUUAUUUUUGCAGUGCUGUACUCAAUUAUUGCCGUUCCAGGGGUAAUAGGUAAUGCUAUCGUGAUUACCAUAGUGCGAAAAACGCCUUCAAUGCACACGACCACGAACUAUCUCCUCUUAAACUUAGCCGUGGCCGAUUUAUUGACAUUGCUCCUCUGUCCUGGUCCAUACGAUUUAGCUCUGGUGCACGUUGACUUAGAAGGAUUCACUGGGGAUUUAAUCUGCAAACUGUUUGCGGGAAAUGCAAUUGUUCCGAUCACCAUCAACGCCGCCGUUCUUUCGGUUUGUACGAUCGCCGUGGAAAGGUAUCUAGCGCUUCUCAAACCUUUCCGCGCUAAUCUAAGAAUAGACAAAGAUAAAGUGAAACAUGUGAUAGCAGUGCUGUGGUUGCUUGCCUUAAUCUCAUGCAUCCCAGAUAUUCAAGCCAAUACGUACAAUAUCUCGUCAUCCAAAUAUCCUUGCAAGCGUCCUUGGAGUUUGGAUGAAUAUUUUCUUCACAAACCCUUCAUCAUCUUUACUUGUGUUUGGUUCGGAAUUAUUAGCUCCCUGAUAGUCUUCCUCUGCUAUUUUUCAAUCAUCCGUGGAAUAUAUUUCACAAAAACAGUUUUCUCGGAAUCAACGGUAACGGAGGCUGAACGGCAAGCAAAAAAACAACUAGGUAGCCUUCUUAUCUGGUUGACAUUUGUAUUCGCUACCUGUUCUCUGCCAUUUGCAAUUUACUUUAUGUUUCUUAGCUUCGUUGAUGUUAGAACUGUAAAGGACAAUUACGACACAUUGUAUUUAUUUCACAGAAUUUCUAGAUUUGUUCUCUUCACAAAUUCGUUUUUAAAUCCUUUAUUGUAUGCUUUACAAAGUUCAAAUUUUCGAGAUGGAUUCAAAUUAAUUUUUCGUUUAAAACUCCUCCGCUGUAAGCCUUUGGCAAACAGGAGAAAGAGUGGAAAAAGCUCCAGUUCGACAGGUUUUCAGUUAAGUAAAGCCGGGAAAACUAGAUAA